AUGCUACGAUCUAGAAUUCCAAUACUGAUAAGCCUCGAUCAUAUUCGGCCUAAGGAUCCCCGAUUGUCGCUUGGUGUGGCGAGUAUUAUCAGCCAUUUGAGCCAUAACAAAAUCGAGUACAAUGCUCACUCGUACAAUAUCGCUCAAGAAGUGCAGGUUUACCCGUUAGCAAGGAAUAUCCUUGACACGAUUUGGAGCCAGUACAAUGAUUCGAAAUAUGAUCUCAUGUUUGGAGGCUUUGUUUGGAAUGAGCCUUUCCUCAAGACGAUUCUUCGCGAACUGAAAUAUUAUGACUACCCAGGUCGGAUUGUUAUUGCAGGUCCUCAGGUGUCUUACGUCGAGAAAGGAGAGCUAGAAAAAUACUAUCCGGAGGGAGAUGUAUUCAUACGGGGGUAUGCAGAACAGGCUGUGUUAGAACUUGCGGAAGGGAAGGAUAAUAUCCUAGGAGUCCACUUAGCAAACACUCCAGACAAGGGCUUUCAUACGUCUACCAAAUUAUCCGACCUUUCGUCGCCUUUCCUCGACGGAACAUUAGAACCUCAGCACUUCAUGCGUUGGGAAACGACCCGUGGUUGUCCUUACAGCUGUUCAUUUUGCCAGCACAGAGAUCCAUCACCUUCUUCGCCAGCAAAUAAGAGCUGGACUAAAAUCCAGCACUCGCAAAGGGAUCGGAUUCAAUCGGAAAUCGAAUGGUUCGUCGACAAUAAUGUCCACGAUCUUGCUGUGCUAGAUCCCACUUUUAACACGCUGAACGGAAACAUGGUACUUGACUUUCUAGAACGUGCCAGAUUUUCCGGAAAAAUCAGCCUUCAGUGCAGGCCUGAAAGAAUCACGGAGGCGUUUUUAGAUCAGGUAGAGUCCCUGAGCAAAACUACAGGAGCUGAAGUAGUUUUGGAGUUUGGUGUGCAAACACUCGACCCCGAAGAGCUGCUGCAUAUAGAGCGAGUGCGCAAUGCUAACACAUAUAAGUUAGCCGAGAAAGUUUUACACAAACUGGCUCUUGUUAAUCAACGUAGAAUUAAGCAUGAAGUCAGCCUCAUCUUUGGCUUGCCCCUGCAAACCGUAGAGAGUUUCCAGCAGACUAUACUGAAGCUUCAAGAGACGACUGAUGGCUCGCUGGUCGCUUUUCCUCUGAUGUUGUUACGAGGAACACCCUUAUAUUACCAAAAGAAAAAAUUUGGGCUGAUCGAAGGUACGGAUAUCGCACAUCCUUUGAUAGAUCGGAUCCAAAAAUUCAUUCCUCAUGUUGUAACCUCUCCUUCUAUGAGUUACAUAGACUGGAAUACGAUGGCGAAUAUUGCUGUUUCUCUACAAGACCAAACAGAGCCAAAAGAGGAGAGUGGAAUACAUGCAUGA